CGCCAUUCGCCAACAAUAAACAAACCAGACCAUAACGACCCACCACCGGAAGCAGAGUCUUUCUCUUCCCCGAGGAGACGCCAAACGGCCAAAGCGAUCAGCGAUCGAUGGAGCCUGCAGCCGCAGCUCCUACCGGAGUCGGAGAGGCGUCGUCGCUUAUCUUCCUGGGCACGGGCUGCUCCGGCGCGCUGCCCGACACGCGGUGCCUCAUCCAGCCGUCCACGCCGCCGUGCGCCGUCUGCUCCCAGGCCCUCACCCUCCCGCCGGACCGGAACCCCAACUACAGAUGCAACACAUCCCUCUUGAUAGACUGCUGCCACAACGAUGGCACACAUAAGUACAUUCUAAUUGAUAUUGGCAAGACCUUUAGAGAACAAGUUCUCCGGUGGUUUGUUCACCACAAAGUUCCUUCUGUUGACUCGAUUAUUCUGACUCAUGAGCAUGCAGAUGCGGUCUUAGGACUUGCCGAUGUUUGGGUGGUACAGUCAAGUGACCAUAAAAAUGAUGUUGAUCCAAUUCCAAUUUUCCUCACCCAAUUCACAAUGGACAGUGUCGCAGCUAGAUUCCCAUAUUUGAUGAAGCAAAAGCUGGAGGAAAGCGAUGAAGCUGCCAGAGUCGCUAAACUCGACUGGACGAUAAUUGAGCCUGAUGUUGACAAACCAUUUGUAUCAUCAGGGCUAGAGUUUGCGCCCUUGCCAGUCAUGCACGGAGACGAUUAUAUUUGUUUAGGCUUCCUAUUUGGGAGGAAAGCUAGAGUUGCAUAUUUAUCUGAUGUCUCAAGAAUUCUCCCUAGAACCGAGCACAGAAUUUCGAAAUCUGGUACUGGACAACUUGACCUUCUUAUACUAGAAACAAACCGGUUGCAUGGGGUGGGAAAUGCUCGCAGUACCCAUCUUACCUUCACUGAGAGUCUGGAUGCCGUCAAGAGGAUAUGCCCUAAGAAAGCUCUGCUGAUUGGAAUGAAUCAUGAGUUUGAACAUGACAGAGAAAACCAAAUUUUGGCAGAAUGGUCUCGCAGAGAAGGAAUACAAGUGCAAUUAGCUCAUGAUGGCCUGCGUAUCUUCAUCGAUCUGUAAUAAGGUAAGCAUCGUAGGACCCAAUAACGGUCCUGUAUCAGCAACAUCGGUUUUUGGGGUAUGUUUCAGCAGUUUCCAUGGUACCGUUGUAGAUUAUGUUGCCAGAAUAAUCCCCCCGAAUAAUCCAUAUGUCAUUAGCUUAUUUCAGAUUGAAGCACAGCUCCACUUGUGUAUGAAUUCGGUCUAUGUUUCUGUGGAACAUCCUGCAUUUAGUUGUAUUUCCUCCAUAGAAAUUGUUCUGACUAAAUCAAUAAGUUAUUGAUAGUCUAUCCUAUUUUGUGUUGAUUCCAUACA